AUGGCGUUCCCUCGGCUGUCUGCCUCCAUGCUGUUGGUUUCACUGAUCCUUCUUCUCUACUGCACGACAUCCUCAGUUCAGUCACAUGAUCCCCCAUCCUCCAUUGUCUCACCAUCCUACAGGGUGAAGAGAGACCUGCCUCCCGGCACCAGAGAGAAAGUGGGUAAAUCUUUGGCUGUGGCAAAAAACGUCCUGGCUGUCGUCAAAGAAGUGAUUGGAAAGAUUAGUACCCAAACGUCGUCAGCUGGGAUGAAGGGUGUCUCCACCAUCGCCAGCUUGGCGGCCGUCAUCGCAGAUCUGGCCUUCUCUAUUGUCGACAUUGUCUUGAUCUUCAUCCCUCAGACUGACCCGGUGCUGAAAGAGUUUGAAGAAGUGAACAGGAAGUUGGACUUGCUCUCCAUCCAGAUCUCCAACCUGGCAACAGACGUAGAAUGGUUUAACUACGCCAGCGUCUACUCUCAAGACGAGCUCAACAUCCUCAACUCCUGGAAGAAGUUCAAUGAGCUUCUUCACAACAGUCAGUUGGUACAAAAUGAAGAGCAGAAACUCCGACUGGCAGAGAUAUUCACCAACUACUAUGAGAACACAGGAACUGAAGCCAGUGUGGCCAACUUCUACCAUUACCUGACAGUCAAAGACACGUCUCUCAGUGGAAACCUCAACAAACUGCUGAGGAAGAAGUUUAAAUGUGACUUUAAAGAGAUCUGCAAAUAUAACAUCUAUUUCAGCAGUUUGCUGUGGAAGGGGAUGGUGCUGAACCAGUUCUACUGGAAACUGAUCGGGUUGGAUUCAUCAGAAGCCAAACACACCCAGAUGUUCAAGAACGUCUCCAGAGAUCAGAUAUCAGCUCUGGACUACUGCCUGGACAACCACAUGCAGUAUGUGAAGGAAGAUGUGAAGGAGAUCAGGAAAGGACUCAGUGCUGACAACAAAAAAGUCAUCGCUGAUGAGGUGAAAAAAGCUCUGGAUAAGAAGUACAACUGGUACAACUGGGUGGUGCUGGUGUACAACACAAACCAGGCUGAUUAUUACAUACUAUAUGAUCUGACUAAGAUUAUAGAGGACACGAUCACCGUUGCUGUGGGAUACACUCUGAAAUCAGAAAAAAUACAUGAAUAUAAAGUUAGAAAAGCAGCCGAUGUUUGCUUUAAAGAAAAAUCGUGUGAAAUUAAGGACAAAGUACGUGGCUGUAGGUAUAACUGGUCUCCUAGUCAUGGUAUGGGGUAUUUUACUUUGACCUUCACUGAUUAUGCUAAAGCGACACAUGCUGCCUGGGGAGAAGAGUUUGCUGUGGCUCCAGCACCCUUACUCCAACAUGACUGUUGGUGGUAUCAGAGUUAUUAUAGACAGAUUUCCAUCUAUAACUCCAAGAGGGAGGAUGUCUGCUUUCAUUCGGAUACAUGUAGCUACAAAGGAAGGUGCAAGCAGCUGCUGGAUUUCAAUGAAAGGGUGUGUUACUGUCAAGAUGGUUACUAUGGUGAGAGAUGUGAAAAGAGAAUCCCCAUUAGCAACACUAAAGCGAUCAAUUUACCAGUUGUACCUGAUAUCAGCACCAUUGACACCAAAAUGAAAAAGAUGGAAAACAAACUGGAUGAGAUUCUCAACAUCCUCAAAUGCAGAAAUCGUGGCUAG